CUUAUCAUAUCAAACGCCAGGAUUGGAUCUUCAUUAUGACGACGCUCGUGGCAAAUAUUACAGCCCCAGAUGGCUAUAAGGUUACUCUAAACACCGGCUUGUUUAUUAACAACGACUUUGUUGUCGGUGCAAAUACAACUGAUACCAUUAAUCCGUCUACUGGAAAAGUAAUUGCCUCGGUUCAGGCGGCUGAAUCCAAACAAGUCGAUCUCGCUGUUCAGGCAGCCCACAAAGCUUUUUAUGGUGGAUGGAAACAAAGUGACGGUCGCAAACGUGCUCGACUCAUGCAUAAGCUGGCAGAUCUUGUUGACCGUGAUUCGGAUGAUCUCGCUCACUUGGAAACUUUGGAUAACGGCAAGCCGCUGAAGAACGCUCAAAGAGAUGUAGCGGAGGUUGCCAACUACUUCCGAUAUUUUGCAGGUUUUGCUGAUAAGCUUCAUGGAAAAGUGAUUGACGCACAAGGAAAAUUGUCAUACACUGUUCAUGAACCAAUUGGUGUUUGUGGUGCUAUCAUUCCAUGGAAUUUUCCUAUUGUGAUGUUGUCCUGGAAAAUCGCGCCGGCUGUAUGCACAGGCAACUGUGUAGUUCUCAAAACAUCAGAAAUGACGCCAUUGUCAGCUUUGAAAUUUGCUGCCUUGGUCAAAGAAGCCGGAUUCCCUCCUGGAGUCAUCAACAUCAUCACAGGUUAUGGUCACCUUGCUGGAGACGCGUUGGCACGUCACAUGAAGGUAGACAAGAUUGCGUUUACUGGUUCCGUCGCCACAGGUAGAGCUAUUAUGAAGGCGGCUGCCGAGAGCAACUUGAAGAAAAUUACCCUUGAACUUGGUGGCAAAUCACCCAAUAUUGUCUUUGAUGACGUUGAGAAUAUGGAUGAAGCUGUAUUUUAUUCAACCUUUGGCAUUUAUUACAAUGCUGGACAAAUGUGUUUUGCAACCAGUCGUAUUUACGUGCAAGAAGGCAUAUAUGACAAGUUCGUGGAAAAUUUCAAGAAAAUGGCACAAGCCGGCAAAGUGGGAUGCCCAUUCGAUAAAGCUACUUUCCAAGGACCUCAAAUCUCUGAAGCGCAUCUCAAGAAAAUUAUGGGCUAUAUUGAUACUGGAAAGAAGGAAGGCGCGACCUGCUCUCUUGGUGGUAACCGUGUGGGCAACACUGGAUACUUCCUUGAACCUACUGUUUUUACAGAUGUUAAGCCAGAUGCGACUAUCAUGAAAGAAGAGAUUUUUGGCCCAGUGGUUGCCAUUUGUAAAUUCAAGGAUACAAGCGACGUAAUAAGACAAGCGAAUGAUACACCUUUUGGCCUUGCAGCCGCUGUCUUCACGUCGAAUAUCACACGUGCUGUUACGGUAUCGAAUGCACUUGAAGCUGGCUCAGUGUGGGUUAACUGCACUAGCGUUGUCAAUGAGAGAAAUCCAUUCGGUGGUUAUAAACAGAGUGGAUUCGGGCGCGAGAAUAGCAAUUAUGCUCUGGAUAACUAUACCCAAGUUAAAUCGAUCAAGAUUAAUCUUAGCAGCAAACUUUAAAGUGUUGUUUAUACAAAAGAUGACAGCGUAGCUUUCAGAUUUCGUUAUUCAUGCGUGCGUAUUUUUGUCAUACAUUACAUGAUUGCAAAUAAACCA